AUGGCGCCCAACAUCUGGGCGAUCCCGCUCCAGCUGUCCAACUUCAACGUCACCGUGGCCCUUCUCGGUGGCUUCAUCUCGCUCUUCGGCCUCGUGUCGUUUCUGCUUAAGGAGAACUAUUAUCUCUCCGAGGCUCUCAUAUCGCUGCUCGUGGGCGUGGCCUUUGGACCGCAGGGAGCAAAUUUCAUCCGGCCCAAGGACUAUGCCGAGUGCCGCUGGGACGGCGUCUCCGAGGCCGAGUGCGCCGACAACCUCAACGCAGUCACCCUUAACUUUUCCCGUCUCGUCCUUGGCGUCCAGCUCGUCCUCGCCGGCGUCCAGCUACCCAGCCGGUAUCUCGUCACCGAGUGCAAGUCUCUCCUGCUGCUGGUCGGGCCCGGCAUGACGUGCAUGUGGCUGGCCACGAGCCUCCUUGUCUGGGUCGUCGUCGGCACGCCCAGCUUCCUCCACGCCCUCGCCGUGGGAGCGUGCGUCACGCCCACCGACCCCGUGCUCUCCGCCGUCAUCGUCAAGGGUAAGUUUGCCGAUCAAAACAUUCCCCCAGGCCUGCAGGACCUCAUUGUCGCCGAGUCGGGCACCAACGAUGGGCUUGGCUACCCCUUUCUCUUCCUCGCUCUCUACCUCAUCAAGUACGUGGGGGCGGGCUCCACCGCCGGGGGCGUAGGCGAUGCGCUGGGCCUCUGGUUCGCCUUGACUUGGGCAUACAUCAUCAUCCUUAGCGUACUGUACGGCGCCGCGGUCGGGCUGCUGGGCCGAGAGCUGCUCCACUGGGCUGAGAGGCGCAACUACAUCGACCGCGAGAGCUUCCUCGUAUUUUCCGUGGCCCUGGCCCUUUUCGUCCUCGGCACUUGCGGCCUGAUUGGCACCGACGACGUCCUGGCCUGCUUCAUCGCCGGCAAUACAUUCACCUGGGACGACUGGUUCCGGAUGCAGACAAAAGACGACUCGCUGCAGCCGACCAUAGACAUGCUCCUCAACGUCACCAUCUUCCUGUGGUACGGCGCCUCUCUGCCAUGGAGCGGCUUUGUCCACAACUCGGUCCCUUUGCUCUCCAUUGGGCGCCUCGUUGUCCUCGGGGUGCUUGUGCUCCUCCUGAGACGGCUGCCCUGGGUGUUUGGCAUGCAUAGAUGGAUCCACCAGAUCCGACAGGCUCGACAGGCCAUUUUCGUCGGCUUCUUCGGGCCCAUUGGCGUCUCGGCAGUCUUUUACCUCUUCAUCAGUCUCGAGUUCAUCCAAGAGCACCUCAGCAACGCGGAUGGCGUGCCCAGAAGCGAUGUUGAACACCUGGGCGAGACGAUACGAGUGGUGGUCUGGUUUCUUGUUGUAUGCAGCAUUAUUGUCCAUGGACUCAGCAUACCUCUGGGGAAAUUGGGAUGCCUUGCUCCGAGGACAUUGAGUCGCGUGCUGAGCGAGCGCAUGUAUGAAGAGCCAUUCACGUCGGUGGCUCGGAGAAGGAUCCCCGUCUUUGGCAAAUGGCUUGGCCGCAAGAAAGGUGGCGUCAUGUAUACCGCAGUGGCCGACGCUCAUCCCGACUCCGCACCUCGCGGCGCCUGGGAGACUGACACGGACGCAGGAAACAGUUUCCCAGAAGCUCCGCCAGUCAGAUAG